AUGGCGAAAGAAAAGAAAAAAGCAGACAAAAAAGCGGACAAGUCUGCCCGCUCUCCCUCAUCUCUCUCUGAUAAUCCAGAGAUUUCCAAACAAGAUGACAAUUCCGCUAGACAAGAAAGGUCCCCAAGUCCUGUCCCACAGUCAGAAGUGCAGUUCCACGAACUGGGAUCCAAAAGGGAAUCCAGAAACCAGCAGCAGCAGGAUGAAGAUGCCACUCUAUACGAGGUGCCCGUUCUCAGCGAUCUCAUUGUUGAAAGCUAUGAAGGGGGAAAAGUCCAAGGACUGCGUGACGGAGAACGCUUUGCAGUCUUCCAGGGAGGUGGUGCCUACCGAGGGUACUUUGGGAAGAGCAUCUCCAUGAACCUCAGCAUGCAUACGUGGCCGGACGGCAGCACCUACAAAGGGGAAGUGGUCAACGGCAAGAGGAACGGAUUUGGUGUGUUCAAGUGCAUCACACAGCCCGUGUCCUACAUCGGCCAGUGGUGCCAGGGCAAGAGACACGGGAUGGGCUGCAUUUAUUACGAUCGAGAGGGUAUCUCUUCCUACGAGGGGACCUGGGAUCACAACGUCAGAAAGGGCUGGGGGAUAAGACGUUACAAAUCUGGAAAUGUAUACGAAGGUCAGUGGGAUAACAACGUGCGGCACGGAGAAGGCAGAAUGAGGUGGCUGACGACUAACGAGGAGUACAGCGGUCAAUGGGACAGGGGCACCCAGAAUGGUUUGGGAACGCACACGUGGUUUCUGAAGAGAGUCCCCAACUCCCAGUAUUCUCUGAGGAACAAAUACAGAGGAAACUUUGUGAACGGGUAUCGUCAUGGCUAUGGAAUAUUUUACUACGCCAGUGGAGCCACAUAUGAGGGAGAAUGGGUUUUCAAUAAGAAACAGGGCAUGGGCCGAUUAACUUUCAAGAAUGGGUGCGUGUAUACUGGCCUGUUUUGCAAUGACCACAUAGCGAAGUUUCCAGACCUUGGAAAUGAACUGAUAGAUGACCCAGAGCUGUGUGCAGACUCUGCCCUCGGGAGCCAGUUCCGAGGACCUUCCAGUGCUGAAAUUAUCAGGAAGCUUGAUGGCAGUGAAAGCAACCCAGUGUUGGGCUCAAGCAUUGAGCUGGACCUGCGUUUGUUGCUAAGUUUGUACCCUGAGAAAGACCAACCAGAGGAACGGAAGCAGGUAGAGUAUGCUGUCUUAAGAAAUAUUACAGAAUUGAGAAGAAUCUAUAGCUUCUACAGCAGCCUGGGGUGUGACCGCUCCCCAGAUAACGCCUUCCUGAUGACAAAGCUUCACUUCUGGAGGUUUCUGAAGGAUUGUAAAUUCCAUCACCAUAAAAUAACUCUUGCUGAUAUGGACAGGGUAUUGAGUGCCAAUAAUGACAUACCAGUUGAAGAAGUUCAUUCUCCAUUUACAAAAAUCCUUUUGAGGACAUUUCUGAGUUACCUCGUGCAGCUGGCUCACCACAUUCAUCACAAAGAAUACCAAAAUCGCAGCCCCUCACUGGUUUUGUGCUUUACAAAACUGAUGACUGAGAACAUUCACCCCAAUGCCUGCCAUGUGAACGGCCUGCUAUUCAGUGAGCAGCAGCAGACUCUCUACGCGAUGAAUUACGUCGACCUGACCUGGGAGGUGUACAAGGCGUACUGCCGGCCGCACACGGCGCCGCCCCACGAGCUCACCAUGAAGGUGAGGCACUUCCUCUGGAUGCUCCAGAACUUUAAAAUAUUAAGUAAAGAAUUAACGGCAACCAAAUUUGUGGAGGUCAUCGCAGAGGACAAUCCUUUCAUGUGUGACGGAAUUGACAGCAACUUUGAACUCGAGCUGGUCUUCCUGGAGUUCUUCGAAGCGCUCUUAAGCUUCGCCUUCAUCUACGUUACCGACCAAACGACUAGAUCCUGUGUGAGUUCUCCAAAUGAUGGUUUCAUGGAAAGCAAACACGGAAGUGUGUGUAUGGCAACAAAUAAGAACAGGAGGAGUGUGAGCGCAGAGACGAGUCAGGAGUCUGACGUGCACUUUGGCAGCAUCCGGUCGUCAUCAGGGAAGCUGGGGUUCCUGCUCGACUUCAGCGAAAUCGAGACAACAGAGGACAAUUUCAAGAAGUCUCUAAGUGAUGAGAGAAUUUCCAAAAUUAAUUUUCUGUCUGGAGGGAAAGCACUGACCUUUUAUUUACCUCAAAAUGAAGGAAAAGCCCGAGGACGAACAGACCGAAAAGCUCCGCAUGUGGAUCGGCUGCGUGUGCUGCUUUUUUGUCAACGCGCUCUUCCCGGCUCACAGACGCGAGGAGAUUCUCCAGGGGAAAGUGCAGGAGAACAAGGCGCAGCUCUCGGCCUGGGACCAAAACGGGGGAACGGCGUACGACGCCGUGGAAGUGAGGUGACGGCACUGUCCACUGCGCGUGCGCGCAGGGCCCUUUCCUUCCUGUUUCCCGGAGCUGCCUGCAGCCUCAGGACCAAGUGCUUCCAUUAAGAGCACACAGCUUCCUGAGGUUGGCACGUCCUCAUCGGGGACCGAGAAUCCUGCCUGGGGGCCACCUGUUCUGUCCUGUUGUCCGAGAUGGUAGUGACCUCUGUCAUAAGGUUCCCAUGAAAAGGCAAUGUGACCGAGUGUCUGGGAGUCAGACCACAGAUCUAGACAGCCUGGGUUCAAAUCCGAGCCCCUCCAUUUAACGCUUGGGUGUCCUUGGGCAAGGGGUGGCACUGUGUGCCUCAGUUUCCUCAUCUGUAAGCUGGGGAUAGCACCCCAUAGGACGGUGGUGAGGAUUAAGGGAGCACCUGUUUGUAAAGCAUCUAAACAAUGACUGGCACUCUGAGCGCCCAGCGGGGGCUGCACAGUUACCUUCCUAGAACCGCUGUCUGGGCUCCAUGCCUUGCAGACCUGUUGACCCAGAGGGCAAACGCCUGCUCUCUGUGCAGUGCUCCACAAGCCUGCCAGCUGUUGAAGAAAGCAGUAAACUGGACUUAAGGAAAAAAGCCCAGAAGGAUUUUCAGAGGCUACUUACUAGCUGCCAGCUGCCGAGAGAGAAAUGGUUCACCAGUCACUGUAGAUAAGGUCUAGACAUGGCAUCACUUCGUUUCAGGCAAAGUGACGGUAACUUAAUCUUUGUGAACAAAAGCAGAUCCGUUCUGUAAACAAAACGGUAAGCUGCCAUCCAGGUGUAGACCACUUACCCCACAGAGCAUAGACAGCGGCUUUGAAAUGACAAAGUAAAAAAAAAAUACCUCCUUCUGUUUGCUUCUCAUGUUAGGCUGAAUAGCUUGAGAAAGGAAGAGGCCAAAAGCCAAGACUCUGAGGUCCACAUCACCGUGAUCAAGGAACCGGCGGAAGCCCCAUCCUUGCCU